GCCAGAGCUCAGCAAUUAAAGGCAUGUAUGUUUCUUGUAGAAGAAGGAAGACUGAUAUUAGUAUUAAUGGGACCUCUUUUGUAUUUGCCAGCUGUACUCCUAUUGCUGCUUGACCUCUGUGUGGGAGAAAGAAUGGUGUCUAUUCAGAAAGGACCUCUUUACCGAGUAAUAGGCACACACAUCACUAUUUGGUGUAACGUCAGUGGCUACCAAAAAUUGGAACAGAAUUUUGAGUGGUCCACUUAUCUGCUAUCAGCUCCACAGAGAGAGAUGCAAAUCAUCAGCACUGGAGACAGUGGAUUCUCGUAUGCUGUCUACUCCAAGCGUGUCAAAAGUGGGGAAAUUUACAUUGAAAAGAUCAAGAAAGAUUCUGUUCUCCUGCACAUUAGAGACCUCAAGGAGAACGAUGCUGGUGUAUAUGAAUGCCACACACCCAACACAGAAGGUGUUUAUCUUGGGACUUACAAUGCCAAAACAAAUCUCUCAGUAAUUCCAGACACACUCUCUGUCACCAUGAAGUCACAGAUUCCCAUGCAAAAUGAAGGCGACUCUUUGGAUCUCAUUUGUCAAGUAUCAGUGGCAACAGCACAACAUACCCACCUUUCUGUUGCUUGGUAUGUAAUACCAGAAGGAAGGGACAGAAAGGCCCAAAAGAUUCUUUCCCUGUCCAAAGAUUACGUUCUAUUUCCAGGCCCUUCCUACAUUGAGCGGUUCAACUCAAGAGACAUCAGGCUAGUGAAAACUGGGGAUACUGAAUAUAAAUUUUCCAUCAUCAAACUUCAACAAUCAGAUCAAGGUAAACUGUACUGUGAAGCAGUGGAAUGGAUUCAAGACCCUGAUGGAACUUGGAAAGAUAUUGUCCAGAAACAGACAAAUACAGCAUCAUUGACCAUUAAAUGCCUUGAUAAAAAAUCGAAUAUGAAUAACACUGCUGUCAAAAAUUCAACUCUGAACGGAAUAGAAAAGCACCUCAGUUGCUCAGUGGAAACCCAGAAUAUCCAUGGUUCUGUGUGGGUUGGCUCCAUCAUGAUGGGGUGGUGGUUAGUGCUGAUCAUUACUGGGCCUCGUCUGUCCGAAAUGACAGUGAAGCAAGACCUAGCGUGAGAAAUCUUCUAGUGCAGCAGCAAAGCAGUGACAAGCAUAUCCUUAUGGUAAGUCAGGUGGAACUGAUAGACAAAGAAACAUAGAGCUAUAAGAUUUCUGAAAUAAAAAAACACGCUCUGAGUUCAUUUUUCAUUAUACAAGAAAAAUUCAUCUGGCAUCAGUACAAAUAUGAAGUCUCAAGGUCAAUCAGGCUAGAUUUUUUUUUCUAUACAUAAAGUUGGCUUGACUAAUAAAAUGCUGUUUUUUUUCUCAGAACUGAUAGAUUGUAGCUUUUCUAUUAUGUAUGGCAAAUGCAUUUGUUCAGAAUUUUCCAGACUUUUCACAUUCUGUAGUUAAAGUCAUUCUCAAAAGUUUUGAGAUAUUUGGGAACUGUGAGGUUUGUGUUGCAU